AUGAGUAUAGAACGACAACGAGCCUUCAUGGAGUACGAGAAACUGUUAGACGAUCUAAGGUUGGCGUUUUUCGAAAGGUGGAAGAUCAACAGAACAAACAGCGUCAGUGAGAGCGACUUCGAACGAUUCAGAACGAUCGGAACCGGUGCGUUCGGUCGUGUUAUACUCGUGAAAUACAAACCGACCGCCACGUACUACGCGAUGAAGAUCUUGGAGAAAGCGAAAAUCGUGAAGAUGAAGCAGAUCGAUCACACGUACAACGAGAAGAAGAUACUACAGUGCGUGAGGUUUCCAUUCGUCGUCUACAUGGAGUUCUGUUUCAAAGAUAACUCGUACGUUUACAUGGUGCUACCUUAUAUCAACGGCGGCGAGAUGUUCACUCAUCUGAGACGAAUGGGGAAAUUCGACGAGUCUCUGGCAAGAUUCUACGCUGCUCAGGUGGUUCUAGCCUUAGAGUACCUCCACCAUUGCAGCCUGGUGUACAGAGACUUGAAGCCGGAGAAUAUUUUAAUUCAAAACACCGGCUACAUCCGUAUGACGGACUUCGGAUUCUGCAAAAUGAUCGACGGAAGAACGUGGACACUGUGCGGCACACCUGAGUACAUCGCGCCGGAGGUGAUUUUGUCUAAAGGCUACGGUAAAUCCGUGGACUGGUGGAGUUUCGGUGUUUUGAUUUACGAGAUGAACGCCGGUUAUCCGCCGUUUUAUUCGCGGGACCCGAUGAAGAUAUACGAGAAGAUCGUCUCGGGAAGAUAUAAAUUCGCUCAUCAUUUCGGCGAAGAAUUGAGAGAUAUUCUGAGGAACAUAUUGCAAGUGGAUCUAACUAGGCGAUACGGGAAUCUGAAGGGUGGUACGAUGGACAUCAAAGGACACAGGUGGUUCCAGUCGACCGAUUGGAAUCAGAUUUAUCAUCAGAAGAUACAGCCAAGCUUCAUACCGAAAUGCUCGUCGCCGGAUGACACCAGUAAUUUCGACGUGUACGAGGAGGAGUCGCGGAAAAUAGACGCGACUGAUCGUUACGCGAAGGAAUUUGCGAACUUCUAA